ACAAACUUUCUUCCUCUCAUCGAUGCUGAAGACCGCCAUGGCCAGACCUCAACACCGACCAUGACCAGGGCCAGACCUCCUUCCUUUCCCCUUGGCUUCACUGUUCUUUGGAUUUGGAGCUCAAGUUUCGGCUUUUUGAGUAUUGGACUUCCUCAUCUUCUCAAUCUCACCCGCAGGAAUAGGGGCUUCAUUUUGGAAGGGAAAGGAAGAUACAAAGUUAGGGUUUCUCAUUUUUGGAGUAGCAAAACCCAUUGUUCGCUUCAUUCGCUCCAACGAAUCUGGAUUACCAAAACCCAUCGCGUUUCUGGAUUACCCUCCAACGGUUCUCAUAUUAGCCCCAUUGUUCGCAACUCCAUCGAUCAAUGUACUAAUGGAUCCGUGGAGAGAAUAGAUGAGAUUUAUUAUGAGAAGCGCAAGAAAAUCAUUAUCUUAAUGGGAAUUGUUGUGGUUGUAGCAGUGGAACAAUGCAAAAAAUUAUUUCUUCAUAAACAACCAUAUCGUGGUGAGAGUCUUAGAGGAUUCAUCGAGACAGAGAAUUAUUGGUGUGUCUGACCGCACAUGUCAGAGCAUCAUAAGAAUGAGCAAAAAAGCAUUCUUCUCUCUAUGUCAAUUGAUGCAAGAGUCAGACCUUCUUAGAGAUAGCCCAACAGUACGAGUCGAGGAACAGUUGGUAAUGUUCUUACAAACCAUUGGCCAUAAUUUGAAGAACCGAAAAGUAGUACAUGAUUUUGGCCAUUCUGGUGAAACUGUAAGCCGAUACUUUAAUUUAGUGUUGGGUGGGUGCUGUAAUAAAAUUGUACCCAAUACUACUCGAGUCACAGUGUACCAUAACACAUGAGCGAAUCUCUGGUAAUCGUAGAAGCUUCUACCUAUACUUCAAAGACUAUAUUGGAGCUAUUGAUGGUUCACAUGUUCCAACUUGGGUACCACUUGAUCAACAUCAUUGUUUUCGCGAUAGGCACGGAGAAAUAUCUCAGAAUAUCUUAGCUGCAUAUGACUUCGAUAUGAAAUUCACAUACAUACUUUUUGGCUGGGAAGGAUCUGCUUCAGAUUGAAGAAUUUUGGAAGAUGCUCUACACAAAGAUGGUGAGGGAUAGAUUUUGGUACCUCAAGAAAAUUUUUAUUUGGUUGAUGCUAGUUUUUCUAACCAAAAGGGGUUUCUGAGGCCAUAUCGUAAUGUGCGUUACCAUUUGAAAGAGUGGUGUAACUCCAACCAGUCUCCAACCGAUAAGAAGGAACUAUUUAACUUGCGGCAUUCCAAGUUAAGGAAUGUAAUUCAACGUGCAUUCCGUCUUUUGAAGUCUAAAUUUAAUAUUCUAAAAAGUCAAGCAGAGUACCCAUAUAAGACACAAACAAGGAUUGUGUUUGCAUGUGUUCUUAUACACAAUCAUAUUCUGACUCAAAAUAGUGCUCAAGAAGAAAAAGAUUUCAUUGCAGAUGAGGAAGCAAAGGCAACAACUAAUGGACAGACAACUCAGGAGGAAACAAAUAUGGUGGUUGAUAGUGAUGCCAGUGACAGUGAUAGUGAUGGGGAAGAUUUUCAGAAUGAGAACUAAGAACAAUUCCGGGAUGAAUUGGCUGACGUAAUGUGGCAUGAUUGGAUGGAAGGAGAUGUAGAGUCUGAGCAUGAUAGUGAUGAAACAAUUGGUGGUUCUGAAUGAUCUUUUUAAUUUCCUUUGAAUUGUGGUACAAUUAUGUUUUUUUUUUUUUUUUUUCUCCUCGAAUCACAAAUAAUGAAUUUGGUACAAUUAUGAUUAUUCUCAAGAAUUCAAUCAUUUUCCUUUUCCUUUUUGUUAUUAUUAUUAUUAUGGUUAAUGUAAUAAUUUUUGGA